UAAACGUUGGUUGCCAACUGCCAAUCAAAUCAAGUAAGACGAGGAAGAAGAAGAAAAGGAGCUUUCCUUUUCAAAGUGAUCAGCGCAAUCAUAAAUGUGUUUCCCUCUCAUUACACAGUGAACCAUGUCGUAUUUCCGUCUAACUUCAAAAAACUCUGCAAAGAGCCAAAAAGCAAAACAAUCCUCUACCACAAGUCGCUUCAAAGACAUUCACAUCAAUGAAGAAGUCAAAAUUUCAAUUAAUUUGGCACUGGAGAGGUUUCGUUACAGUGACCAGAAAGAAAUGGAGUUUCCUUCUUCGCUUUUCUCCAAUGAGCGAGCCUUCAUUCAUCGUGCAGCACAGUCUUUGGGAUUCAUUUCUAAAAGCAAAGGGAAAGGCUCAAAUCGCUUCCUCACCAUCAGGAAAAAGAAUCUCCGAGACAGUUGUAGGUCUGCCAUGCUUCUGACACUUUCCCAAACCUCUUUACAUGCCAUCCACAUCCUUCUUGAGAAGUUUCCUAUCACCAGUAAAGAGCGUGAAGACCUUCAAGCCAGCAGCAAAAGCAAGCUGUCUGUCGCUACACAACAUGACAACAGCUUUGACAUGAACAGGCCAAAGGGGUGCCUGGAUAGUGGCAUUUCUGUGGUUCCCCCAAGGAGGAGGGCAUCAGAGUUUGACAGUUUCCGCCGUGCGCUGCCUGUGUAUGAGCAUGAGGAACAGAUAGUCAGACUAAUUGGAGAAAACAAAGUGGUACUGAUCGUAGGAGAGACGGGUUCUGGGAAAACCACCCAGAUUCCACAGUUUCUGUUGGACGACUGCAGCAAGAAAGGAGAGUGCUGCAGAAUUUUCUGUACUCAGCCCAGACGCCUGGCUGCUAUCACUGUCGCUGAGAGAGUGGCAGCUGAGAGGGGAGAGACAAUCGGCAAGACUGUUGGCUAUCACAUUAGACUAGAGAGCAGGGUUUCUCCCAAGACUCUUCUUACUUUCUGUACGACUGGAGUUUUACUCAGGACACUCAUGGCUGGAGAUGUCAGUCUGGCAUCUGUCACACAUGUCAUUGUGGAUGAGGUGCAUGAGCGCGAUGGUCUCACUGACUUUUUGCUCACGAAGAUGCUUGAUGUACUUGAGGAAAUACCUGCAAUAAAACUGGUUCUCUCCAGUGCUUCUUUGGAUGUUGACUUGUUCCUCAAGUAUUUUGGCGCUUGGUCCUGUCCUGUUUUUCAUCUCAAAGGAAGACAGUAUGAAGUGAAACAACAUUUUCUUGAAGACAUUUUGAAGUUCACCGGUUUUAACAAUAAAGAAGUGGGCAAAAACAAGGAAGAAUCCCAGAGAAGGAAGGAGACUCAGGACCUUUUGACAAAGAGGGACAAAGUAGAGGAGAAAACCAGGAUUGAAGAUGGGCAAAACACACACCUGGCAUCCUCUAACUUAUUCAGGGCCAGCAAUGAUCUGGAUGAAGGAGGCACCAUCAAGACACUGAAUGUAAAAGGCUCAGAGCAGUUGCAGCCAUGGCUCGUGAAAGAGAUGGAUACUUGCAUUGCUAAUAUUUUCACGAUUGCAGACCAGGAAUAUAUUGUUCAACUCUUCAAUCUCAUUCUCUAUGAAAAUGUUAAUGUUAACUACAUGCACAGCAAGACAGGGGCCACACCUUUGAUGGUGACAGCAGGUCGAGGGUUCCUCGCAGAGAUGGAGCAGUUGCUUAACAUGGGGGCGGACAUCAACUUGAAGGCAGGAAAUGGAUGGACUGCCUUGGACUUUGCAAAAAGCAUACAACAAUUAGAUGCUGUUGAUCUUCUUCAGUCUUCAAUUGCCAUUAAAACAAAAGACCAGAAUGAGACCCCAAUGUUUCAGUGUGCCAGUGCUGAGCAAACCUCCGAAGACCAGGACCUGCUCAAACUGUACCAUCACAUCUUUGAUGAUGAGUUUGUAGACCUAGAUCUCAUCAUGGAACUGCUGCACAUGAUCUGCUCAACCACGUGUGAUGGUGCGGUGCUAAUUUUUCUUCCUGGAUAUGAUGACAUUGUGUCGCUCAGGGACCGUAUUCUCUACGAUGAUACGAGAUUUUCUACCGUUUCCAAAAGGUACCAGGUGUUCACACUUCAUUCAGACAUGCCAAGCAUUGAACAGAAAAAAGCCAUGAAGAAGUCUCCACCGAGUGUUAGAAAGAUUAUUCUUUCUACUAACAUUGCUGAGACAAGCAUCACCAUUAGUGAUGUUGUCUUUGUGAUUGAUUCUGGAAAAGUCAAAGAGAAAUCUUUUGAUACCAUCAGUCGCAUCUCAAUGUUAAAGAGAGUCUGGAUUUCAAAAGCCAGCGCUCUUCAACGAAGAGGAAGAGCCGGACGCUGCCAACCAGGGAUUUGCUUCCACCUCUUCAGUCAACUAAGGUUCAACAACAUGCAGGAGUUUCAGGUUCCACAGCUGCUACGAAUGCCUCUACAGGAAUUAUGUCUGCAGACCAAAUUGCUGACUCCCUCUCCAGUAUCUGAGUUCUUGUCCAAGGCUCCACAACCUCCUACAGCACAUGCUGUAAAGAGUGCUGUGCAGAUGCUUAAGACAAUAGAUGCUAUGAACGAGAAUGAAGACCUGACUGAUCUUGGCUUCCAUUUGGCUGAUCUACCUGUUGAGCCCAAUCUGGGAAAGAUGGUCCUAUGUGCUGUAGUGCUGAAGUGUCUAGACCCCAUUUUGACCAUUGCUUGUACAUUAGGUUAUCGGGACCCCUUUAUUCUCCCUGUCCAGGGCUCUCAGAAGAGGGCUGCUCUUCAGUGUCGUAAACAUUUCGCUUCCAACAGCUUCAGUGACCACAUGACCAUGCUGAGAAUUUUCCAGGCAUGGCAGAAGGCUCGCAAUGAUGGCUCAGAGAGGUCCUUCUGUGAAAAGAACUAUCUUUCUAAUGCCACCAUGGACAUGAUUCUUGGCAUGAGAACGCAGCUGCUGAGACACCUUCGCGCAACUGGCUUUGUGAGGGCCCAUGGGGAAAGUGAUAUACGAGAUGUGAACAUCAACUCAGAAAACUGGGCAGUGGUGAAGGCAGCCUUGGUUGCUGGCAUGUACCCAAAUCUGCUUCAUAUUAACCCUGAGACAAAGCUGCCCUCUAGUCAUAAGGAGAAGAAAGUCAGUUUUCACCCUACAUCCAUAUUGAAUCAGUCCCACAACACAGAGGGUAGUUCAUCUAAAUCAUCAAAGGCCUUUCCUACAGAAUGGCUCAUCUAUGAUGAGAUGAGCAGAGGCAACAGAAUUGCCAGUGUUCGCUGUUGUACUUUGGUGACACCCAUCACUGUUGCCAUAUUUGCAGGCGGUUCCAGACAUCGUUGCUCUGGCCUCCAUGAAGCUACUUUUCAAAAAGACAGUCCAGCAGAUGACAUGAGUGACAGUGAGACAGAGGAUGCCACUGCUGGUUUGAGAAUUGAUGAGUGGCUCAUCUUCCAGACAAACCAUGAGUCAGCAGAAUUGGUGUUUGACCUGAGGAACAAGUGGCAUAAUCUGUUCAUCAGGAGAAUCUGUUGUCCGUCAAAUCCCUGGUCUCAACAAGAUGAGAUGACCGUUCAAACCCUUGCUUCCGUGCUUACAACAGAAGAGCAUGGAGCAGGCUUGAUGCAGCCCUCAGGGAUAGGCCAGCGUCCCUGUCCUUCAGUGCCAGAGAGGCUCAUUCAGAACUCCAAAGGGAACCCAAAGCUUACCCGCAACGCCACUGAUGACAGAUUACCAGGAGUCUCAGGCCAAUGUCAGAGGAAACCUCAUAGCAGUGAUAAGUCUUCACUGAGCAAAAGUUAUCUUGUGGAGCACCAUCUCUCUUCCAGCAAUUCCACCGCCUCUGUGAGCUUGGACAGUCAGUUUGACAGCCCAUUCUCUUAUUUCUCAGAAAAGCAUUGCACAAAACAGGUGUUACCACAGCUGGAAUUGUUAUCAGCCCGUUACUUCAUCAUGAAAAGCAGCAACUUGAGGAACAUCGAAAUUUCUCAGCAAAAAGGCAUCUGGUCCACAAUUCCAAGUAAUGAGACCAAACUCACCAAAGCCCUCCAGGAGAAUGAAGUCAUUCUCAUCUUUUCUGUUCAAGGCUCUGGACACUACCAGGGAUAUGCUCGCAUGUCUUCAUCUGUUACUUACACCAGUUGCCAGGAUUGGGGGUUUGGGCGAUUAGGAGGAAUUUUUUGUGUGGAGUGGAUCUGCAAGGAAAAUCUACCUUUCCAGUACACUCAGCAUAUCCUCAACCCAUUGAACGGCAACAAGAAAGUUCAAAUCAGCAGAGACGGACAGGAGUUAGAUGCCCAGGCAGGCAGAUUGCUGCUGUCUCUUUGGGAGAGAAUUACCAAGUAAUAGCAAAAUUGGUGUUCACACGUCACUUCAACAUCAGUGGGACACCCGUCCGCAUUAUCUCCAGCACUAUUUAUAUCAGUUUUUCAAGUUCCAAACCACUGAUGGAUCUAACUGUUAACAUCUGUUAAGCAUUUCUUACAGAAUUUGAGUAAUUCAAAGGAAUAUAACGUGGUAGUAACUGCAAUUGAAGACAACAGUAUGGGGACAGGUUUAGAAUGUUCAUGUCUCAUCUGUUUCAUCUGUGUUUAAAGUUGCCGCUUAGAUUGUUUACUGUUUGUAUUCCAGGUAUAGCGUGUGUGUACUUAUUCUUUACAAUGUUAUGUCCAUAAAAUACAGGAAAGUUAAAUACUGCCCUUUUGCAUAUUUCAAUUUUAUGCUGUUUUAUUAUUUCUACUAUGCCUUUGAAAUCGUUUCAAACAUUCUGCUGACAAUAUUUGAAUCCAAGGAAUGUUUGUCCAUUCACUGUUUCUAUACUGUAUUCAUAGAUAAAUAAACUAUAGUUUGUUAUUCAUA